AACGAUCUUUUUAUUGGUUUUGAUGAAAAUGAAACUUUACAGAGAUUAGCAACUGAUUUCAUCACAAGAUUCCCUAAAGAUAAUGAAGAAGCAAUAGUUAAAAGAUGUAAAGCAACUUUAAUUGAUAUUGCAUCUUCCGAUGGCAUUACUAGAGCCACAAGAUCGAAUGUGGAUCCUGGUGAUAUUAAUCUAUGGUAUAAUGUUUAUUUCUGCAACUUCACUGACGAACAUAUUCCACAACAGAAUCAUGAUAGUCUUAACACAAUAACAAGAUUUAUUAUCAAUACUUUUUCUAAUAUUAAUACUGAUAUUACCGAGUGUUUAAAAGAUCUUUUCAAAUGUCAAGUGGAUAAACUAUCAAUGUUUAAGACGGAGACUCAACUUCAAAAUCGAGUAAAACAGUUUUGGGAGGAAUCUGAUAAAAAUAUGUUAAUUUUUCAAUGCGAUGCUACUACCAUGAAUAUUAAGUAUGUUAAGCUAGCGAAAUUCAUCGUUGAACAAUUUCAAAUCGAAUUUUUGAAACAAAAUCCAUAUAUUGCUAAAUAUGUUUGUAUUAUUCUCCACAUUCAACGAGAUCAAAAUUAUAAACCUUUGUUUAAUUUUAUACGUCCAAUCGCUAAAAUGUUAUUUGCUCUUGAGAAAUUAUCAGUCACUAAAACAUUUAUAUCAAUAAGUCAAAAGAAAAGAAACUUGACAUUAAUUACGUUUUUACAAACAAUGUUCUUGAACCCGAAAGUUCUAAAUACCAAUGGCAUGCUUGAACCAGAACCUGAUCAAUAUGUGAUGCCAGAACUCUUUUAUGAUUUAAAAUUCCCAUUUUCAUAUUAUUUUAUGAAAAAAAUUAAUGAAUUCAGGUCCACAUGGGAAGAUGAACUUGCAAAACUUAGAGAAAAUCCAGAAAACUGUGAUGAUGAUCAAGGACUUUCAUCUGAAGUUUUUGAAAAUGCCGUUAUAGGAUUUAGGGCGAAUUUACUUGCUAGAUUAUUACGGCAGCACAUCGGAAAAGAUAAAGUACUCGAUCCAGUUCUUCUUCAUAUCUAUUGGUGGGAAAGUUCUAAUAUUAUAUCGGCAGACUUACAAUUAGCACAAAUGUGUCCAUCAGCUAUAAAUGAAUUUGCUCAGAAAAUGCCAGAUAUCUCAUUUGAGGAAUUUCUUGUAGAUGAAGCUAUAAAAAUGAUGUUAGAUAAAAUUGUAAAAAAUGGUGGCGAACCUCAAUUGGAUCAAUGGCAACACGAA